AUGAAACUUCAAGAAAAAGUUAUUCAAUUAAGAAAAUUAAAUUUAGAAUUAGACUUUUGGUUAGAUCAUCUCGAACCGAAUUUAGUAGCAGCUUAUCGUAGUGAGAUUGACGAAGAUUUUUGGGGUAGAAUUGUAAAGAUAGAUCGUGUAUUCGGUUCAGGAGGAGGUGAUAAUUAUGUUACUGAAUGGUCGAUAAGUUUCUUUCCUUACGAUUCUAAGAGAAGUUCUUUAAGUUCUAAUAGGUUAGAACUUGAAGAUAUUCCAUAUGGCAUUGUUAGCGUUCCCUUUAAAACCGACAAAGGAUUUAAACGAAACACUAUGGUACGACUUUGUGUAAUAUGUAAUAAAGAACGAGCUAUUGUAAAACGCCCGAAGACAGGGCAGCAAGUUUGUCGAGAGUGUUUUUAUUAUGUCUUUGAAACAGAAAUUCAUAAUACCAUUACAGAUAAUAAAUUAUUUAAAAAAGGUGAUAAAGUAGCUAUUGCAGCUUCUGGAGGGAAAGAUUCUACAGUUUUGGCAUAUGUUAUGAAACUUUUAAAUCAAAGAUAUCAAUAUGGUCUAGAUCUUUUUCUUUUGUCAAUUGAUGAAGGAAUAACAGGUUAUCGAGAUGACUCUUUAGAGACUGUGAAGAGGAACCAGCAACAAUAUGAGCUUCCACUCAAAAUUGUUUCUUAUAGUGAAUUGUAUGGAUGGAGUAUGGACCAAAUUGUUAAAGAAGUUGGAUUAAAAAAUAAUUGUACUUUUUGUGGUGUUUUCAGACGCCAGGCAUUAGAUCGGGGGGCCGUAAUCUUGGAUGUAGAUCAUAUAGUGACGGGACAUAAUGCUGAUGAUAUUGCUGAAACAAUUUUGAUGAAUAUUUUGAGAGGAGAUAUCGCUCGACUUCCACGAUGUACUGAGAUAUGUACGACUGGAGAUGGAAGUAUACAAAGAUCCAAACCGUUUAAAUAUACAUAUGAAAAAGAAAUCGUUAUGUAUGCUUACUUUAAGAAGCUCGAUUAUUUUUCAACAGAGUGUGUAUAUUCACCAAAUGCGUAUCGAGGCCAUGUACGAACUUUUAUAAAGGAUUUGGAAUCUAUACGACCUAGUGCUAUUAUAGACAUCAUACAUUCUGGUGAAGCUUUUGAAGUUAAAGAGGGGGUAAAAUUACCUAUUCAAGGAGUAUGUAAGCGAUGUGGGUACAUGUCUAGCAAUGAACUUUGUAAAGCAUGUAUGUUACUAGAAGGAUUGAAUCGAGGAUUGCCAAAGCUUGGUAUCGGAAAAAAUUUUAAACAGAAAGAAUAG